UAUUAGGAAGAACUUCUUGACAGUAAGAGCUGUUUGACUGUAGAAUAUGCUGGCUUGGAGUAUGGUGGAGUCUCUUUUGGAGGUUUUUUUACCAGAUUGGGUGACCAUCUGUAAGGAGUGCUUUGGUUGUGUUUUCCUGCAUGGCAGGACUGGAUGGCCAUUGCGGUCUCUUCCAACUCUAUGAUUAUAUGAUCCUUUCAUGCAUCUGAGGAACUGGGCUCUGGCUCAUUGAAGGCUUAUGCCACAAUAUAUUUCUGAGUCUCUGUAAAAGCCUUGAUACAACAAGCAGUGCUAUUUUUAAAUCUAAGCUGUUACAGACAGAAUGAUCUUGCUAUAGGUUGGGAAAUUAAAUCAGUGACACUUAGGUCCAGUCUGCUUAUAUGCCACAGGCUGUAGAUACUUAAUGCAGAUUCUGACUGCGCUGCUUAAAGUUCUGGUACUGAGUGCAGAGUCCAAGCCUUGAGAAAGUCUUCUGCUUUCUUUCAUUUUAUUUGCAAAAUCUCUGUUUAGUCCUUAUGGUUGCUAAGAUGAGAUCGGAAAAGGCAGACAAGCAGGUUCUGCAGAAACUCUAUAGUUGGACUUUUGCCUUUCUGUUCCUCCCUGAGACAGAAGAAAUAGAAAAGCAUUUGCCAAUCAAGGAAAUGCAGGCCAGUGGAUGGGUGUUAUUCAUUCAAGUUCAUAUUCAUUUCUUGCUUAAUUCAGAACUUGAUUUUAAUAUUUUAACAUUGUUUUAUUUCUUAAAUAACUUUAACACACCCCUCUCAUUUUUUUUCUGUUCAGAGAAAGUGCCUGUAAAGCUGCUCUUUAAAGCUUGACUUAACAGUUGAAGAAUGUAUGAUGACAUGUCUUCCUGUAAUGGCAUUAUAAAUGAACACAGUUCUUUGUGGCUUUCUGAUUUGUGUGGAACAAAGAAGAGAAGGGUGCCAAGGAGGAGGACUGGAGGGCUCAGUGUAGAAAUGGGAAGAUAGGAUUUGUCACAGUGCCUUUGGAUUUACAAAUCAGUUCUGUGUCUCUUAGCUGUAACAGGAGUAGAGGAGACAAGGCUGGGUGUUUUUCACUAUAUCAAAGUGUGAUUUUUGUUGCAUAGCACCUCCAUGUGCAAAAAAGGCUUUUGAAACUCUUGCUCACGUGUUCAUUUUAUAGAAUCAGCAGAACUGUUACAAGCUUUUCUUAGGCUGCACCAUUUUUAUGAGAGGCACACAGGAUGCAUUUUUUUUUUAAAUGCCAUGCAUAUUAGAAAACAACUGGUCAAAAAAAAGAGUGAGACCAAGUUGUUCCUUGAGCCAGAAAAGUUGUGGAGGGUUAUCCCUGGUGUUACAGGCCUGGAAGUUUUAUGAUUUGAUUCUACUGAGCAUGCAGACCUGGGGUGAGGAAUCUCUGGUCCUGACACAUUGGACUUCUCCACAGUGUCACUACUGGGUUAUUUUCCAGCUUUUAUAAAGCUUUCUUCUAUGGAAAAAGUUUUAAACACCUCUUCUAAGCCUUGGAUAUUGCAGUAAACAUAUUAAAUACCUUUCAUAAGAUGUGGAUAGAAGCAGUAAAAAUUUUGACUAAAAUAUGGUGGUAUUUUGGAUCUGGUCCUUUGAUGCCGCCUGCUGCAGGAAUGUGGCCUGUAAGAACUGAGAGAAUCCCCCCUCUGCCCCCUUGUUCUUAUGCCCAUUUCUGGAUAGGGCACAUCUUUUAUCUCUGUGAAAAACUCCAUUAAUAUCAGUAUCUCUGUCCUCCAAAUAGCUAAUAAUGCUGUCUUCCAAAUGGUCUUCCAAACUGCUAAUGGUCAGCCAAGGUGAGUGUGUAUGUGUGCAUUGUGUUGGGAUUAUUUUGAAGUUCACUUUUCAGAAUUAGCCAAUUUCAUAAGUGUGAUAGAAUUUGAGAUUUUAAAAAAAUCAUGAUCCAUUCAUUCAGGCGUAGGGUUCUGAGUGCUCAGUUCUUUAAAAAUCUGAGUUUCCAUUUGUAAUGCUGAAUGAGGUUUGUCAUUCCCCCAGCCAAACAAGAGGCUGAGGAUAACUGCACUUGCUGAUUUUGACUACUGAAAAUGGCUGGAGAUUUCACACAGUUUACACUCAUGUCUUUCAUAUGGAGAAGAAAUGUAAAGGUUUUAAAAAUUCAAAUAUGAAAGAAAGCAAAAUGGGACAGGUUUGUUGUUUCUUCACUACCACUGUUGCUCCCCUCUACCACAACCUGAAGUCCAAGAGCCACCAAGCAAAUCUGUUGUUCACGCCACAGGGCCUGCCAUCACAGCACAUUCCGCAAAUUGUCAAAGUGUGACUGGAAUUGAAGAACACCAACUGGAAAAAUGUAUGUGCACGUUAAAGGAAGAGGCUCAGAACUGCAGUGAAUGCUACUGAUGGACCCAAGAUAGUCCUUUAACAGAUAACCUGAAGGAACUUUGGGACUUUAGCACAAUACAAGUGCACCUGCCUUUUGACUUCCUGCUGGUGGCUGUGGUGUUUCCUUCCUGCCCAAGCAAUUGAACAGCAGCAGCUUCUACUGCAUCUGUCACAGCAGCGAAGACUUCGUCCAGGCAUGGAACUGGGAAGAGAACCCCAGAUGGCUCUUGAUGUGUUGCACCACUAGCCUGCUCGAUGCUAUUUUUCACCCUGGAGUGUGUACCUGCUCCAAUUCCAUCAUACCUCUACUGUCCCUCUUGCCAGUGGCAUGGCAGUCUUCACUACGGGUGACCUCUUCUGGAUAUUGGCACUGACUGUCCCAGUUCUGGUGGUUCUACUUGUGCUUUGUAUUGACUGCCGGGACACCGAAUUAGACACACCACCUAUCAGUGAUUAUGAAGACAAGCCCCCAACUACUGGUCGCCAUGAGACAUUCAGGGUCCUGAGACGUCCUCCCUCUCCACCUUUGUGUGCCAUCCAGUCCCAGCCAGACUUGAGGAGAUGCUUUCCAUAUAGUCUCCCAAAUCUAUCAGCUUCAUUCAAAGUCGAAGGGGAUAAUGAACCACCUUGCAUCACUGAUGAUGAAGAGAACUAUGUCCCAGGAUACAUUGUGGUGAUACCUGAUGUUCCAAUUACAUAUCAGAGAAAUGAAGAUCAUGCUUCUUCAGAUUCCAUCAUGGAUCAGUAUGAGAAUAUGCCAGAGUGUCAGCGGUAUUCACCUGGUGAGUACGUCAAUGUACUAGAACCAGAGGCGACCAUCUUAGAACCAUGUUUUGCUAUUGGUGCCAACGAUUGCACUAGUGAUCAAGAAAGUGAAGAUGACACGCCAGACUAUGAAAAUGUUUGCCCUGGACUUUAAGGUAUUUUGAUUUUGGAACAGGUUUAGGCUUGUAAAAUUGUGAUAGGUGACAACCCUAGAACCUGUGUUUGUUAAUGCCAGAAGUGGCCCCUGGCACAGUUUACAAUAAUCAGAAGAGUGCCUCUGAACAUGUGUACAAUUCUAGUUUCAUAUUGUCCUUUUCUUUCCUUCCUUAGGUUUAAGGGAUCAUUUCAAGGCAGCAUUCCUUGGUGGCUCCAGUCAACUGUGUGCAGCAUUGAUCUCCAAUGAACUUGCUGGCUUGAGGAUAUCUUCUCCCCAGUCCCCCCA